GUUUAGUUUUCGGAAAAUAUGUAAAUGUGCAGAACAGCCAACUCUUUAUCUCACUUUUCUUAACAUUGCUUUUAGGAAAGAUUAUUUAAAUAAGAUUUCAAAAGGUUUUACGACAUGAACGUGUAUUAUUAUAUUAUAUUGUAUUUUGGUAAUCCUAAGAUAGGCCCUUAAUUUUUGUAAAAUCGUAAAUCCUCUUUUAGUGGAUUUUUCAUAACAUCAUGAAACAUCUUUGUCCGAUAAUUUAGUAUAAAUACGGUAGCUUACUCUUAAAAUUUUAAAUCAGUUUUAAGUGUAGUACUGAAAUAUUUCGAGGCCUGUUAAUAUUUGUGGAAGUGAUCUACGUACGAUGAAUAUGAACAAAAUUAAACAUAAAUAUAAGUUUCGUUCACGUACAGUGAAAUUAGUGAAUGAAGCCUUAAGUACAGAGUGCCAUUCUAAGCCUCUCGAUCAAUCAAGAUCAUCAAACGGUAGCGAAUAUACUCCUACCUGUUUCAGUGAUGAUUUGGAUGACUCAUAUGAAAUGCACUCUAUUUCUAUUGAAACAACAGAUGACAGUGUGGCAAAUAAACAACAAACAGAUUGUGACUUGAUGUAUGAAAAUGAUGCUAUUUUAGAUGACUCUACCCCUAAUCCAAUAUAUCAAGAACUUAUAGCAUCAUCUUCUCUCGAUAAUAUAGAAAAAUCAGCGGAUGAAACUAAUUCCUCACUUAUUGACAGUGUAUGUUUGAAGAAAAGAAGGAUACGAAGAAAACACAAUUGUAUUUACUGCGACAUCCCUGUUUUAAAUUUUGCUAGACACCUUGAAAGAAUUCAUAGUGAUGAACUUGAGGUUCAAAAAUACUUAUCUCUUGACAAAAAGGAUCCGAAACGAAAAUAUUUCAUUGAUAAAAUACGAAAGGAGGGAGACUUCUGCAUUGGCAAAUCCGUACCUGUGUUUCGUAGAAAUGUUUUAAGUAAUAGUGAUGAAUCUUCGACUAAUUCAAACAUGCUUCCAUGUAUACACUGUAAAGGAUAUUAUGCCAAAAAAUCGCUUCGGCGCCACAUUAGACGGUGCUAUUUUAAUGAAAAAAAGGCAACAGGAAAAGUACGACAUCAGUCCGAAGCCCAAAACCUAAUGGCUACUAAUUUUGGAUCAACCGAUCCACUAAGGACUUCGGGUGUUUUAAAUUCACUAGCUGCGGAUGACAUCUCUUUAGUAGCAAAGAAAGACAAACUUAUAUGCGAUGUAGGAAGGAAAUAUGUAAAAAGUCAUAAAGACAGACAUCUGAUUCAAGUAGCCAAACGACAAAUGCGGCGUUUAGCACGUCUUCUAAUACAAUCCAGGAAAAUUGAAAACAAUAGCAAUUUAACGUUAUUUUUCCUCCUACAUCCCUCAAAGUUUAAAACAAUUGUGUCCGCAACUCGGUCAAUUGCGAAUUAUAAUACCGAGAGCAAAUGUUUCCAGUCACCAUCACUUGCUCUUCAGAUGGGUACAUUAAUUAAAAAAGCAAUCAGUUCUGCUUAUUCUAUGGAGGUUCAAAGGGAUGUCGAUUCUGCUAAUAUUAAGAGCUUAGACGUCAUGAAAAAACUUAUCGAUGAUCAAUGGGCGUUAGAAAUAUCGACUGAAGCUGGACAGAAUAUUCAAAUCAAUCGAUUUAAUAAACCGACCCUGAUUCCCAUGGCUGAGGAUAUUGCUAAAAUGAAGACUUAUCUGGAUGAGCUUAUAACAUCUUCAAUAACUCACCUGGAUGAAAAUGUGAAUAACACACAAGCGUACAAAUGUCUGCUCGAAGGUACAUAUUGCUGCUUACUACUUUUUAAUAAGAGACGAGUAGGGGAGCUGCAGAGAUUACCUUUAGAUAUUUAUUUAAAACAUCAUGAUUCUCAAUCUUCUAAAGAGUUUGAGAAAGUCCUAACAGAAACCGAGAAAAUUUUAGUUCACUCUUUAAAACGCAUAGUAAUAAGAGGUAAGAGAGGUAGAGGCGUACCUGUUCUGUUUGACAAAUUGACCAAAAGUGGAGUUGACACUUUAAUUAAAUAUAGGAAUAAUUUUUUUACCUCUUACAACGAAUACCUAUUUGGCAUACCGAAUACUAUUAACUGCAUCAGUGGAUAUCAUGUUCUCAGAAAGCAUGCUUCUAAGGUGUUGAAUGAUGCAAACAAAAUCACUACCCUCACGUCAACUCGCCUCAGAAAACACUUAGCAACAAUAAUACAAAUUUUAAAAAUGGAAAAGGGUGAACUAGAACAACUAGCAAAAUUUAUGGGGCAUACCUCAAAAACUCAUGAUGAGUGGUAUCGUCUCCCGUCAGACAUUUACCAAACCGCAAAAGUUUCCAAAAUAUUAUUGCUCGCUCAAAACACUAAUAUUGACCAAUAUAAAAAUCGAAAUUUAAAUGAGAUUGAAGUCGAUAACGAGAUAUUGGAAGACGCAGAAGAAGCUGAUAGUGACGAAGAAAAUACUAAUCAACCUAUUCUUCAACAAAAUGAAGUAAACAUCCCGUCACAAAAUAGAAUAAAGGAGAAAGGUAAACGUAUUUUAGUUCCAUGGACAAAAGAGGAAAAAGAACUUACGCAAAAAUUCUUUGCACGUCAUAUUAAGAAGAAAAUUCCGCCAAAAAAAAUGGAAGUUUUAAAUUUGGUAGAAAAGUAUCCAAAUGUUUUUAAAAACAGGAAAUGGGACACAAUAAAAGUAUUUGUACAAAAUAAAUAUAAAUCACAAUAAUUCAUUCAAGUGAUUACGAUUUUCAAUAAAAUAUUCUAUUACAA